AUGGGCCUGGCCGUAGCCAACACCCUAUCCUUACGCAAAGACUGGGAAAUCCACAUCCUCGACAUCAACUCAGAGCGUGGAGCCCAUACGGCAAAAGAUCUACCUCGGACGACAUACCAUCACGCCAAUGUGACAAAAUACAGCGACCUUGCAGCCGCGUUCCAGAGCAUGUUCCAGCAGCAUGGCAAGCUGGACUUCGUAUUUGCGAAUGCAGGUGUCAUCGAGCGCACCAAUUUCUACUCCACACUACAAGCAGAGAACGGCAGGGAUGUCUGCCCGCCGCCGGAGCCGGACCUACUCUCGAUCGACGCUGAUCUGAAGGGCGUCAUAUUCACGGCUUACCUGGCCCAGCAUUAUUUCCGUCACUCGCCUCGCAGGGGCCAAGGCUCGAGCUUGGUUAUGACUGCUAGCUGUGGUGGGUUGUAUCCUUCUUUCUAUUCGCCGCUCUACUCUGCGGCCAAAUUCGGCGUAAUAGGGUUCAUGCGUUCAAUAUCGCAACACUUUCGCGCAAGCGGGAUCCGCGUCAACGCCAUCUGCCCAGGAAUCGUGCGCACCAAUCUUGUCGACUCGACGGGGUGGGGCAGUUUCCCGCCUAACCGUUUUAUCGAUGUGGAAAGGAUUGCCCAAAUUGUCCUCCAGCUUGUGGACGGGGGCGAGCCCGUGGGCCGGGGGCUGACUGAUACACCUGGAAAGCACUUGCCCCUGGAGGAACUGUACGGAGUUGCGGUGGAGAUUUCAGAUCGCGGUUUUUACUUCCGGGAUCAGCAUGCUUUUUGUGAUGAGGGUAUGCGCGAGGUUAUGGAGGCGACGGUAGUCGAGAAUCAGGUGGGUGCUGUUCUUAAUAGUUAG